AACGUAUAACCCGGACCAGCUCGGUUUGCGUUUAUUAUUUGUUGGAAUGAGGAUUAAUUACGAUGGCAGUGUUAGCUUGACUGGCUAUAUCCCGACGAAAGACGCUUGUUUGUGUGAAAUAUGUGUGAUAAAAGUGUCCUUGCUAAAUCUCCCAGACUCUGAUCGACCAUCUCGAGAAUGGAGCGCUGGUGACCAUGGAGCUGAAGCAGCAGACAGGAAAGACCGUAUCAUCGUUUGUGGACACUUCCUCUUACAUUGUUGUCCAGCUGAGGACAGAGAGACUGGAGAUAGUUUCAGAGUGGACCCACCCAGAACUACUGACCAAGUUUCAGGCAGCAGAAGAUCCUGGUAAAUGACUGAAGCCUUGAUCCAUUAGAACUUGUGAGGGUUGAAGACAAGGAUUGUGAACAGGGGAAUCCCAGGCGGAGCGAGGAUGACUGAGAUGAUGAAGGUUGAAGCAGAUGAACCUGGAGGGUUCCCCCCCCUACCUGCAGGAUCGACAUCGGAACUGGAGGAAAGACAAGACAAAGGUCUCAUCCGUCAGAUGUUGGUGAUUAAAGAGGUUCCCCAUCCCUGGACCUCCAGUUCGGACCAGGAGGAUCCAGAACCCCCCCACAUGAAGGAGGAAGAAGAGGAGCAGUGGAUCAGUCAGGAGGUAGAGCAGCUUACUGUGAAGAUGGAAGAUGAAGAGAAACUUCAGUUACCAGAGCUUCAGCAAAUAAAAACUGAAGACAACAGAGCAACAAAAACUUUGCCCGCUUGUUCAGUUGGACAGAUGGAAAAAGAACCUGAUAGAAAGGACUGUGGGAGACCAGAAUCAGACAUGAACCUGGACCCAGCAUGUUCCUCUCAAAAGAGCAAGAUGACAAUUCACAGAAGAGUGCUCCCACUCCAUCAGAUGUUGGUGAUUAAGGAGGUUCCUCACGACUGGAAUCCUAGUUUGGGCCAACAGGACCCAGAUCCCCACAUUAAGGAGGAAGAGGAGGAACUGUGGAUUAGUGAGGAGGAAGAGCAACUUACUGUGAAGAUUGAAGAUGAAGAGAAACCUCAGUUAUCAGAGCUCUCCCACAAUAAAACUGAAGACAAUAUGGAGACAGCAGCUUUAACUACUUGGUCAGUUGAACAGAUGAAAACAGAAUGUGAUGGAGAGGACUGUGGAGGACCAGAACCAGAUAGGAACGCAUAUUCAGAAGACUCUUCCCAAGAAAGUAAAAUGGCUGUUCACAGUAAAGGUAAAGGAACUGCAACGUAUCGUCUUCAUACACAUAGGCAACUCCACACUGGGGAGAAACCAUUUGUUUGUGAUUAUUGUGGUAAAGGGUUUCAUGCAAAGAACUUUCUCAAGACUCAUGAGAAGACCCAUUCAGAAGGAAAACCUUUUUUCUGUGACGUUUGUGGUAGAAAAUUUCAUCGAAAGAGUAGUAUUAAACAGCACAUGAGGAGCCACACUUCAGAAAAACCAUUUGUUUGUAGUGUUUGCAACAGAGGAUUUUCACAAGAAAAUUUUCUGGAAAGGCACAUGCAUGUUCACACAGCACAUAAACCGUUUACUUGUAGUUUUUGCAGUAAAGGUUUUUCCCAACAAAAUACACUAUUGAAUCACUUAUGUAUUCACACAGGAGAGAAACCAUUUACUUGUAGUGUUUGCAGUAAAGGAUUUUCCCUAGAAACUGUACUAAAAAGGCACAUGCUUAUUCACACGGGUGAGAAACCAUUUAAUUGUAGCAUUUGUUGUAAAGGAUUUUCACGACAAGAGAAUUUAAAGAGCCACAUGCGUGUUCACACUGGAGACAGACCAUUUGUUUGCAGUGUUUGCUGUAAAGGAUUUUCACGACAAGGAUAUUUAAAGAAACAUAUGGAUGUUCACACUGCACCAUUUAGCUGCAGUGAGUGUGGUAAACAUUUUGUGAAGGAAAUCCAGUUGGAGCGACAUGUAAAGGUCCACACAGAGGAGAGGCCUUUUGGGUGUGAUAUCUGUAAAACCAGAUUUAUUCAGAAGUGUCAUCUUGACAACCACAUGAGAGUCCAUUCAGGGGAGAAACCAUUUGUUUGUACUCUUUGCAGUAAAGGAUUUUCACAACAAGAUCGUCUAAAGAGACACAUGCGGGUUCACACAUGCGAAAAACCGUUUGUUUGUAAUGUUUGCAGUAAAGCGUUUUCACAACAUGGGAAUCUGAAGACUCACAUGAGUGUUCACGAGGGUUGCAAGGAAUGAAUCAAAAUCCUGACGUGAGGUUGAUUAGACUGCAUUAGCAUAUCCUUAAAGAGGCAUGCUAAUGCCAAGCUAGAUUAUUUCACUGAGCAAAUACAUUUAAAUAAAAAAUCUUUAAAAAUCUAAUUGAAAUGUCAAAAUAAAGUGUCAAAAAUUUAGAUGGCCAAAAGUUUUCAUUUGAUGAUCAAUAUAAUGAUUAGAAAAACCUAGAGCAGAUCAACAAUAACUGGUCUAUUCUCAGCUUUUGUACUACAAUGAAAGCCUGAUAUUUAAAACGGCAGUACUAAAUGUUUUCCAUCCACAGAGAAUCAUUUUAUAGCGCAAUCAACUAUGUUCCUUUGAGUUAUUAUACAAGUACUGUACAUAACAAAUAUGGCCUAAAAGAAAUUUGACUUGGUAAUUUAACACUUUGAAAUUGGGCCUCUAUGUCUUUAAGAAGGUUCUGCUCUUUACAACACUUUACUUUCAAGAAAUCAUCACCUCUCUCCUCCCUUAACCGUUUAUCAACAUUUUUACCAGCAUUGCACUGAGAAGUAACUCCUAUAAUGAGCUCAGCAGAUGUGCAGUUCCACCAGCUGUUUGUUAAUUGCUUCUGGCUAGUCUGAAGGGGAAUCAUGUGGGGCCGGUACUCUGAAACAAAACCUUGGGAUGAAUGAAUGGCUGCCACUGAAGAUUAAAAGAAUCCUCAAACAUACUGUAUAUGGAAUAUGUAAGUACUGCAUACGUGAUUAUCUGGCUGAUUUAUAUUAGUAAAUCCUCGAGUUAAAAUACAGUAAUUCUGAAUAUAAGAAUGUAAGUACACCAGCAGGCUUGUAUGCUAGACCUGCUAAGAAUUAGCUUUGCUGGCAUUAUCCUAUAGUUUUAUGGUUGUAAAAUAAGCACUGAGACAAUUUAGUAAGUAGCUACAGCUGAAUUAUUUGCUUGUGAUAAACUCCAGGACUCCAUUAGCAUUUCAAAGAUGAGAAAUGCUAAUGAUCACUUCUAUCCACUCACUACAUUUAAUUGCUAGCAACCAUAUGCCUGCAGUUUGCUUCAAAGAGAUCACUUGCCUCCCAUUUCUGUCCGAGCAGCAAAGAGCACAAUUAUAUAUUUUCUAUUUGUUCUGGAUACUGGUUCAGUUAUACUUUGCUCUUUGUUUUGAAAAAAGAAAUUAUGCACUUUUCUGAAUGAGAGCUUAAUUGAUUCCAGCUUAUUGGUUUUAGCCUAAUUAGGAAAGUUAACUUGUCAUAUUGUAAUUAGUCAUAUAUUUGGCUUGUAACUAGAAAGAACACUGUGUCUUCAAAAUAUCUUCUGAUACAACUGUAUCAGAAAUAGCAUUGAGUAUAAAGUAUUUUCUUUUUUGUAUCCUGGGACCCCUAGUUCACUCACUGCCAAAUGGGUCAGUUUUUUUUUUUCUCGUUUGUAUUUUUAAUUGAGGUUGCUGCAGGUUAAAUCGUUGAAAUUGUACAAAUGAUGCAUCUCUUUUAAAAAAAUAGUCUCAUUCUCUCUCCGUUUCAUGUUAAAGUAAUUUGAUGCACAAAUAUGUGUAUUAAAAUAACUGAGAACUGUUGUUAAAGUUUGUCU